UGCAAAAAAACAAUCUCAACUCUCUAUUCUGUUUCUCUUUUCUAGUUAUGUUUUGCAGCUGAAGAUAUCAAAAUCCUACGAAAGGAGAUAAAGAGAGAGUGAGAGUGGUUGUUGCAGUGUCCGUCCAAGUUUGAAACUUUAGCAUAUUUAAAACGAGACCCAUCAUUAAAAAUUCAGACUUUGAUAGUCCUUUUCUCUUUUGUUCUCAUUCUCCCAUCUUUGUCCGUUCUCUCCCGUCAACGUUGGGUUUCUCUCUCUCCUCAGAUUUUGAAAUAGAAAGAUGACGCCGGAGAAUGAGGAGGAGAAGGAUCAGGAGGUCCUUGAUGCAGCAGGGAUGAAGAGGUACAGGAAUGGUGAAAUCUAGGAGUAUGAGGAUGACAUGGGUGUCUCAGAUGGUGGCACUGGUGUCUUGUUGGGCUUGGAUGGUGGAACCACCUCCACUGUCUGCAUUUGCAUGCCCAUGAUACCCUUUUCUCACUCUCAGCUCUAAUCUCUCCCUAUCCUUGCAAGGGCUGUUGCUGGAUGCUCCAAUCACAAUGGUGUUGGGUUUUAGUAUGUUUAGUGGGUUUGGGCAUUUUGAAUGAUUCUGUUUGCAUUAACAUCCUGGUUGGUUCAGUGUGUGUGUUUUUCAAUUCCCUUUCUUUGUGGGUUGGGGACAACAGGGAGGAUAAGAGAGACCCCUUGAUUUGGAUAUACAUUUGACUUUGCAUACCUUAGGAAGAUGUUGCUUAUGGCUUUUAGACAAUUUGGCGAACAAAACAUAUCUUGUACCGGAGGAAGUAGGUAUUUUGUUAUAUUAUGAUGCCAAAUCUUUUAUUGAUGUAAGGUAAUCACGGAAGAUUAUGGCCUACAACUAAGCUGUUGGAGAUUGAUGGUUUAGGAAAAGCUGCAAUCUUAUGAAAUUGCUGCAAGGGAAACGAUAGAGCAGGUUAUGGCAGAUGCCCUUUCAAAGUGUGGUUCAAAACGAUCUUUUGUCCAAGCAGUUUGUUUGGCUGUAUCUGGUGUUAACCAUCCAACAGAUCAACAAAGAAUUCUCGGUUGGCUUAGGGAUAUAUUCCCAAGCCAUGUGAGAUUAUAUGUUCGGAAUGAUGCUGUGGCUGCUCUAGCAAGUGGAACAAUGGGUAAAGUUCAUGGUUGUGUAUUAAUUGCUGGCACAGGGAGCAUUGCAUAUGGGUUUACUGAGGAUGGAAAAGAAGCAAGGGCUGCAGGUGCUGGACCUGUCUUAGGGGACUGGGGCAGUGGAUAUGGAAUAGCUGCGCAUGGACUAACUGCAGUAGUAAGAGCCCAUGAUGGUCGUGGCCCAAGUACAAUGCUUACAAGUAGUAUUUUACAAACGCUUGGUCUUUCUUCCACAGAAGCAUUAAUCGGGUGGACCUAUGCAGAUUUCCCUUGGGCCCGCAUUGCUGCACUUGUUCCAGUUGUAGUGACCUGUGCAGAGGCUGGGGAUGAGGUUGCAAACAAGAUCUUGCUAGAUUCUGUACAAGAGCUAGCUUCAAGUGUCAAAGCUGUUGUAGAGAGACUUGGAUUGUGUGGUGAAGAUGGAAAGAGUGCCUUUCCCCUUGUUAUGGUUGGCGGUGUUCUUGAAGCAAAUAGGAGGAGGUGGGAUAUAGGAAAAGAAGUAAUGAACUGCAUUUCCAUAUGCUUUUCUGGGGUAAUUCCCAUUAGACCUAAGGUGGAGCCUGCUGUUGGUGCGGGAUGGUUAGCUUGGAAUUUUUUAAUGAAAGAAUGUGACAAAGGCUGACAAUUGAUGAAAGUGGAAUAUGAGAGGAAAAAAUAAAAAUAGAAAGAAAAAGAAAACGACAACUUGCAAUUCUUGAUGAUUAAAAGUGUAUAUUACACAAUGACGAAAGUGUGAAUACCUAUGAUACGCCAUGUAGUGUAUGUACCAUCCAAAAUCUGUUUAUUUUAGUUCAUGGCACGUGCUAAGGCUUAGUUCCCCUUCACUGCCUUAAGGUCAUAUAAUAAUUUAUAGUGGCAUAAAACACAAUAGAGAAGUGUCUUCAUUGUCGUAUAACUGCUAUUUUUUUAUUAUCAUUAAUUGUUGUUAGAGAAUCAAGAUUAGCAAUUUGGCAGUUAAUGGAAUCGUGUAUAAUGUGAUUCCAGGGAA